GGCAUUUAUUUGGAGUGAUAAUGCCGGGUGCUACCAUUGCGGCAAUCUAUGGCUUGUCAUACCAUGCAUCAGUAGGCGCACUGGAGUGCUCAUAGACCGCUACGAUUACAGUGAGGCCCAAAGUGGGAAGUCCUACUGUGAUGCUAAAAUAGCCCACAUGAGAGGGAAGUUUAGAAAAGUUGUCGCAUCAGGAUAUAACAUCCUUACAGCAGCCAACAUGAAGUCUGCCAUAGACCUGUAUGAAGGAACAAUUGGAUGUCAAGCAGCACAUGUUAAGCUCCAGGGAUUUCCUCCUUCUACAGCUAAGUGCCCAAUAAAGGGCAUAACCAAGAUUUCAAAUGUCAAGUUUGAACCAAAGCAUCUAACAACUUGGAGGGCCUUCAAUAUUGGCAUAGGCAAGCAGUUGCCUAUUGAACAUGAAAACAAUGACCUGGCAGAAUUAGAAAUUAUAUCUGAUUUUGUUUUGAAAUCUGGAUCAGUUGGGCACAUUCAAAACCCCAAAGAGAGCAAUGAUGUUGUUGAUUCUUCAGAUGAUCAUGCUUUUAAUUGUCCUGAAGCAGGAUGUACCCAGAUCUUCACAAGAUACAGUGAGAUGCAAAACCAUUGCUUAAUCGGCAAUCACACUUACAAGCUCCAAGCAAGGUCAUCAUAUGAUGAUAUAAAAAUGAGAUGGAUGGAUGCAUGUUGUACACUAUCAGAAGAUACUCUGAAACACUCUAAAACCGGAGAAGGGGUCACUGAGCAAGUGUGUGUGCAGUCUGAUAUGGGUUGGGCUUUGAAAAAAGAGAGAAAAAGUGCUAGAUUCUCAGAUGACUUGAAAUCAUAUCUAAGUGAUAUAUUCUUGCAAGGAGAGAGUAGUGGAGCAAAGGUACAUCCAUCACUUGUCGCUAAAAACAUGAGAGUUGCUAAAAAUGAAAAUGGAGAAAAAAGAUUCAGUGCAAACCAAUAUUUGGCUGUUGGUCAAAUCUCAUCUUUUUUUUCAAGACUUUCUGCAUUGAAAAAAAACAUCCUCCACAGAUAUCAGUGAUGAUGAUUUGGAUGCAGUUCUUUUGAACAUUGCUAAGGCCGAAACAGCUGCAGAAUUUCAGUAGGAUGGACAUAAUUGACUGAGAUAGAAACAUUACUCAUUUUGUG